UUCUGCGCCGCCUCUGGUCAAACACCCAACUUCAGCAAGUCUGCCAUUCUCUUCAGCAAAAAUGUUGACCCAGCCACCCAGCAAUUCAUCAGAAACAUUUUUCCGGUCCAGAACCUCACUCCCAAUACCUUCCACCUCGGCCACCCUCUGAUCUUUAGCCACACUGAUAGGGCCAAAGCCUAUGAAUUCAUCCUUAACAAAUUUCGGGCCAAGCUCACCACAGUAAAGGCUAACAAACUCAACCAUGCUGGCCGUCUCACCUACAUCAACUCUGUUCUAGCAUCCAUUCCUAUCUAUUACAUGUCUACUGUGCUCUUCACUAAAACUUUCAUUGCCAAAAUCACCUCCAUAUUGCGUAGAUUCUGGUGGGCUGGUGUUCAAGAAGGCAAUUCCUCCUCUCCUUUCCAGUUCAGGUCUUGGGACGACAUAUGUCAAUCUAAAGACAAUGGAGGAUUGGGAAUCAGAGACCUCCUUUCUGUCAACCGCAGCCUCAUAAUCAAUGCUGCCUGGAACAUAGCUACCUCCAAAGAUCCCCAUCUUGCUGCAAUCAUCAAAGCCAAAUACUACCCUAAUACCUCCUUCUGGCUUGCUAAAUCAGGGCCUACUAAAUCAGUUUUCUGGGCAUCUAUUCUUCAGAUCAAGAGCACCUUUCAGCAACACUGCAAGAUUCAAAUCCACCGGGGCAAUUCCAGCAUUUGGUCUACCCCUUGGUGUCCUCUUUGGCGAUCAAUCCAUGAUCAUCUUACUCUUCCCAACUACCGGCGCAACCUUCCGAGCACUAUUGCAGAACUGUGGCACCCACUUACGCAGACUUGGAACCAGCAGCUUAUUUCUGAGAUCUUCAAUGAACAAUUUACCCAGGUAACUAACUCUUUGCAGGUUGUUCCCUCUAAUCAGAAUGACGUAAUCACCUGGACACCGGCAACUAAAGGUACGUGCACAGCCAAAGAAGCUUUCAACCUACUCAAUUCACAAUUACAGAUGCAGCUGCCCCAAGAUGGAGCGAGAGCGGUCACCCCACGGGCAAUGCACAUCCUAAGAAAAACAUGGAGAAUCAAGCGCCUACCACCGUACCUAAAGACUUUCUGCUGGAGGCUCAUCAGGAGGGCUCUGGCAACAGGCAUCCGGGCAGGUCGACACUCCACUAAAAUCAGUAAGGAUUGUUGUACCUGUAACUCUCUAGAAGAUGAUGCACACCUUUUCUUUCACUGUACUUUUGCCCGGGCGGUCUGGUUCUCUGCCGCCACACCUCUUUGCACUUCCAUGCUUCCCAAUGAACAGGAUGGAGUCCAAGAAAUCAUGUCCCACAUACUUGGCCAACAAGCUGAUGAGGAGCAGAUCUGCACCAUCUUAACAACUCUAUGGUACAUUUGGAGGGCAAGGAACGACAAACGAUUCAACAACAAGACAUGGACGGUAUGGCAGGUUCAUCAUGCAGUAGCAGCGGAACUGGCACUUGCCACUGAGGAACACAUCGAUCAUGAGCAGCCUCCGCUCCACAUAAACAUGAGACAAGGUAUAUUACUGUCCAAUGCAGGUCACGAAGUACCAACACAAGCCAAUGACGAAUCACAAGGGGUCCAACAUACCCAUAGCCAUCAGCUACCACUGGUACCCACACCUCCUCUCUACAGGAUUGGCACACCUAUCUUACUACAAGGACCCAGAUGCUACACGGACGCUGCCACAGCACCAGACUUAAGUCAAGACCAAGAUAGAAGAGCAGGACUGGGAGUGUUCAUCGUCUACAACUGCUACACAACCUACAUCAAAGCAAGGAUGCAGCACUGCUCAUCUGUGCUUAUGGCAGAAGCAGCAGCUUUGCUGCUUGCUGCAAAUGCCUUCUCUGAACUGCAGGUACAGGAAGGGACAUUUCUGUCAGAUAAUCAACAGCUGGUGACAUACUUCAACACCCAUGACUCAGGCCAGCCUCCGGCGUGGAACAUCAAGCACAUCACUCAAGGCUUCAUCAACAAGAACAGGAACUGCAACCAUAGAAUUUACAAGAUAGCUAGAAGUCUGAACUCCACAGCUCAUAUUCUAGCUAAUCAAGCACUUCAUUCGCCUGCUAUGAAUGUAACUUUCUCCUGUGCUAAUCAGGCUCAUUCUGGUUCAUGCCCACUACGUGUGGCAUUAGAAGCUGUAAACUUGGAGUCCAUCUCCAUCCUUGCAGCGUCUUGCUGCUAAUUAAAAUGUUUGUUAUCAAAAAAAAA